AUGGCAGCAAAACAGGUGGGCUGGAUUGGCCUUGGGUCCAUGGGUAUCGGCAUGUCCCGGAAUCUCCAAAAGUUCAUCUCUUCGUCUGGAGCGCCGAGUUUAAUCUACACGAACAGAACACUGUCGCGUGGCGAUUCAUUGAAGGAACUGGGCGCGAUUCCAGCGGAGACAGUGGGCGAGGUAGCAAGGAAGUCCGACGUGAUUUUCUCUUGUGUGAGCAACGACGCCGUUCUCCAAGAUACAGCGAACGAAAUUAUCAAAUCCGGAGACAUCACGAACAAAAUCUAUGUCGACUGUUCUACCGUCCACCCCGACACCUCGGCUGCCAUAUCGAAACAAAUCACUGAGGCUGGUGGACAGUUUGUUGCUGGUGAGUGCCAAUCACGCAAAUCAUUUUCUGAUCUGGCCGGCGAAGAAACUAAACUCCACCAAGCUCCCGUAUUCGGCGCUGCGCCGAUGGCCGCGGCCGGCAAGCUCAUCUUCGUUACCGCCGGUCCCGAAUCCGCAACGUCGGCGAUCUCCUUAUACCUCACCGGCGUCAUGGGCCGCUCUGUUAUCCCGAUGGGUACCGACGUAACCAAAUCGAGUCUGCUCAAGAUUGCUGGCAACAUUGUUGUCGUCUCCUUCAUGGAGGUCCUUUCGGAGGCUCAUGUAUUCGCUGAGAAGACCGGGCUCGGAUCACCAGUGUUGGAGAAUAUGGUAUCAGACAUGUUUGGCCCCGUCCUAGAAAGCUAUAGCAAGCGUAUCACGAGCGGCUCAUACGCUCCGCCGCCCGAUGGUAAGGCCGGCUUCGAUGUUGCGCUGGCAAUGAAGGACUUGAGGCAUGCACUCACCUGUGCCAAGGACGCGGGUACAAGGUUGGAAACGUGCGAGGCGGCGUUGAGGCAUAUGGAGAAGGCAAGGGAAUUCGAGACCGAGCGACCACUAGAUAGCAGCUCCAUGUACGGAGCAGUGCGUCUGGAGUCUGGACUGGACUUCUACUCGGACGCCUGCAAGGAGAGGGAUGCUAAGAAGUAG